UCGGUUGACUAAAAAGUUGUGCGGUCAACCUCGGAGUGAGUCGACUCGCUAUGAUGGGCCAUCUCUCUCACUCUCUCUCUAGCCUUCGACUCCAACAAAUUCAACUUUACAAAUCGGCCCGAAGCAAAGAAAGCUUGGCUGCAUAAGAUUCUUGUGAACCAGAUAUGUACGUUCCGCCCGCAUGCCGCUCUGGAACAGAAUGAUAAUAAUCUAAGCGCCCCGCCAAUUUCCAUCCGAAUCACCGUUUCUCGUCUUGGCAACAAAAAGUAAGCUGCGCAUUCUCUCUCGCUCUUAAUUUUUUCUUUCGAUUUCUAAAUCUAUAAGCAUCAAAGAAAGAAAUAUAUAAUCUACGCAGACUUUCCCCGAAGCGAAUAAAACCUUUGAGUUUUUUCUCCAUUCAAUCUGAAACGCAAAACAAAAAAAAAACAAAAAAAAAAAAAAAAAAGAAAAGAAAAGAAAUUUGUUUCUUCUCAGAUUCUGGCAUUUGUUUUGUGUUGUCAUUGUUAUUCUCGGGAUUGAUGAGAAAAAGGAAAUGAAAGAAGCAAUGAUUCCAGAUUAUCUGCCCUCUGAGAGGAAAUACACGGUGGAGAUCUUUUUUCUUAAUUCCUUUUGGCGAGAAAAAUAGGAGUAAUAAUGACGAUAGAUGGAGGAGUGGGAGUUGCCGAUAUUUUUCUAUAUUUGGACACGCUCCUGUUAGUUUUAUUCUGGAAACCAAGUCCUUAGUGUUAAGUUUGGUAAUUGGAAAUGGAAAAAGAUAUGAUUCCUUUCUUUUCCUGUUCUCGAUUUUCUCGGGAAAGUGCAGAGAAAUCGUUACGACGCCGUUUUUCUAUCCCAAAUAGAAAGUCGUUCUGUUUUUGUUUUCUUUUUAACUGGUUACUCGAUGGUGCUACAGGAAGGGGACUAACUUCUCCGAAAGCCUUCAAAACCACAGGGGACUGGGAGUCUGGGACCAGCACCUUUAUCUAACAGUGACAUUUCAUUAAUUUUGACAGUUUGCAUAAUAAAUAUUUUCUCUUGCCGAAAGCCAGUUUUUUUGUCUUUUUAUAAAAUUCGAUUUCCGUGCUCAGUGCAAUGCAACAAAUUAUACAAAUAUAGGUACUAGGAAGCAUGAUAAAAAUAAAAUGAUGCGGCAUUUAAUUUUGCAUUUCGUUAUUACAUAAUCGAGUAUGUUGGUUGGUAUUUGUACGUUUGAUUAGGUGGGAAAAAAUGGUGGAGCCGAUGUAUUACAUACGAAAGGCAGAUAGUCAUGGGUUUAGGUUGCUGGUAAUUGUGUAGUUUGUCUGAUCUAUCAAGGUGUGUACCUUUUUGUUGAUGAGUUUGUUGUCUUAUUCAUUGACCGACUUGUGGCUUUGCGUUGAUGAUGGUAGGUGUGAAUUAUUGGAAGGGUAGGCUGUGUGUUUAGUGCUUCGUUGAAUUUGAAGGGUAUUUUGCAUGAAGGGUGGUAAAGGAGACGAAACUGUAAAUAAAUAUAGGAAGUUUAGUGACUGUAAGUGUUGCAGGAAACUGGGGAACACUUCCCGUCCCUACUCGGGGUCAAAGGUGACUGAUUGUAUUUUCAGAAAGGCAGCAUAUAACGUGCGGACUUUUGUGAUUUGCUUCUUUCUCUUCCAUUAUAAAAAAGGAGAUGGCAAUUUUUUCUUGGGUUCUCUUGAGGUUGGGACUUGCUUCCGUGGUAUCUUAAAAUCCGGGAAUGACUAAUUGGCCUACAGCGAUGGAUUAUUGACUCCUGCGGUAGUCUUACGGGCCAAAGAGUUGAGAGUUUCUGCUAGUGGGAGGUUGAAAUUUUCUCUCUACAUAUUUUGAGUUGUGUACUUGGGGGGGAACAGGGAGGGCACUUUGACAUUGUCUCUGAAAGGCCACUGUUUUUUUCCGUGAUUUAUCGAUCAUCUGAAUCAGAAGAGAUGCCUAGCUCUUCAUUGUGCGAGUUGGCGUGGGGUUUGUCAAUCACUAUAGGAGUAUUUUGCGAUCACCUCUCUCAGUAUUGGUUGCUAUAAUUCUUUCUGUAGUAUCUCAAUAAAGUCAACUUUAGUUUCAAGUAACAUUUUCAGGAAGCGGUGACCAGUUGCUUUUUGCAUCUUUUGAAGAAGGUAGUGUGAUAUCAAUUUAUGAGUUCAGUCUUGCUGAUGGAGUGGAAUGAAAAAUCCCCCUCGCAAUGGGAGUGGGAGAAUCUAUUCGUUUGCAAUGCAAAAGCAAAUGAGAAUUCAAAGUUGCAACCAAUAGAAUGGGCUAUGCAAGCAGAUCAAGGAAUUAACCCUGGAUGCUUUUAUUCAUCUGGGGGUGGUGGGUCUGAUCCAGAGUUGGGACAUGCUUCUCUGUCAAAUAGCUUCAAAUCAGCUUCAGUAGAUUCAUAUUCAAUUGGUGAAAGUAAGACAUCCAAGCUCACUCUUGAGACCUUUAGAGAUUUCCCGAAAGAUUUUCACAGGAAGAAAAAACUGGCCAAGAUGGAGACAAAUGGAACUUCUCCAACAAUUGAGCUUCCAUCUGGCUCUGGUGAGCCAUUGCUCAGUCUAAAACUUGGUAAGCCGAUGUACUCUGAAGAUGCUUGUGUUGGAAACAGUACAGAGACCUCAAAAUUUUCUCUGACUUCCAUGUCAUCAGCAACCGCAGCUAAGAAAUGCAAGUCCAGUUGUCAGAGCACACAGACAUUGCACUGCCAAGUUGAAGGCUGUAACCUUGACCUCUUGUUGGCUAAAGAUUACCAUCGCAAACAUAGAGUUUGUGAAAGUCAUUCAAAAUCCCCAAAGGUCAUUGUAGGUGGUCUGGAACUUCGGUUUUGUCAACAGUGUAGCAGGUUCCACAGUCUGUCCGAGUUUGAUGAAAAGAAGCGAAGCUGUCGCAGGCGUCUUUCUGAUCAUAAUGCUAGGCGACGCAAGCCACAGCCAGAAGCAGUCUGUUUAAAUCCAGCAAGGCUGUCUUCAUCAAUUUAUGAUGGGAAGCAGCAGAUGAACCUUGCCUUUGACAGAGUCCCACUUGUUUACACAAGUGCUUCUGUUAGUUCAACAUGGGAGCACAUAUGCAGCUCCAAGUUUACCCAAACAAAAGAGUAUCCUCUGAAGCCUGAAAAAACAAGCGACACUGAUAUACAGCUGCAUUUUCCCCGCAAUGAAAUGCCAUGUGCCAUCACUGCAAUCUGUGAUGAUUCCAGUAGGCUUCUGUCAUCCAAGGGUACCGUAGGUGAGGAUCUCAACCCAGGCUUAGAAGAACCCAUGAUCUUCACGGAGCAGGAAUCAACCCGAGAUUUUCGGUGUGCUCUCUCUCUUCUGUCAACCAAUUCCUGGGGUUCACGUGAGUCGAAACCAGCUCUGCACCCACAUUCCAACCAUGCAAUUCAUUCUAGUACGCCGCAGCCUGCAAUGCAGGUGAUCCAAGGGUUCCCAAAUGCUUUGUCGGACUCUCGAGCUCACACCUUAGGGUCUCCAAAUAAUGGGAUUACCGAUUUUCAAGACUUCCAGCUGUUCAGAUCACCAUACGAGUUCGGCUUUCAUUCCAACCAGCCGAAUUGACCUCUCAAAAACCUGGUACUGGUGGGUUAACAGACUAGUAACUUUUUAUUUCUUUUUCCUUCGGCGGUUAAUGGACUUGUAACUGUUUGCAUGCAGACUGGCCCAUCCGACUAGUCUGGGAGUUCCAUCUCCAUGGCCCAAAGUUUCUUCCAUUUUCUUCUGUUUUUCUCUUUGUUUUCAAUCGCAUAUUCGAAAUUAUCUUACCAUUAACAAAAUAUGUAUGAGACAUAUUGCAAAGUGACUUGACGUUCAGUUAUCCUCUAAAAUAAAUUUGCUGGUGCAGAAACAGAAGCAGAAGCAUU